UACGAAGAUUCUCAUAAUGUCAUAGUGAAUUCUGACGUUUUCAAGGUAACGAUAUAUGUUAAUCGAUACAUUGAUCUCUUCAUUUAUUUGUAUGCAUCACUCAACAUUUCGACAUGUAAAAUUUAUUGAAUUAAAAAUUUUUUAACCCUAACUUUAGCAAUCAAAAUUCUAAAAUGAAAUUUUACAAAAUUUUAACGUAAUGUAUCAUUUAAAUUAUCCAAAAAUGGACUUAAUGGACUUAAUUACCCAAUAAUCAGAAGAAAAAAACAAAAUUUAUUAGCCAAUUCGAAGUGAUAGCAGGAUUAGAGAAAAAAAAACAAAACAAAAUGUAUUAAAAUUGGAUAAACAAUAAUUACGAAGAAAAUAUUAUUAACAAUUAACAAUCACAAAAAGAAUCAUGUUAAGCGACAGAACUUGUGAAAAAUAUAAAGAAUGGAAAAAAGAACAAAAACAUUUAAAGGAUAGGAAAAAGAAGAUAAAAAGAAAAUCUAAAAAAGUGACAACAGAUUGUAUCGAGGAAGAAAAGAAAGCAAAGACUAUUAUCAAAAUUCGUUAUCGUAAAUGUGAAAAAAAUGGGAAAGAAAAAAGGAUAUUUAAACCAAAGCCAAUUUCUUCAAUCGAUUUAUUAUUUAGAAGAAUUAAACCCUCAUUAGAAAUUAGACAUCAAUUUUUAGAUCCUCGACACAUACAUUGCUUUACCGAAUCAUUACCAGAAAUCGAUUUGGUCGCUUUGAAAGAAAUUGCGCAACAAGAAAAAAAGAAAACCGAGCAAAAGUAUCUUAAAAGAAGAAAAAAAAAGCGAAAGAAAAAAAUUUCUGAAGAGGAAAAGGCGGUUGACCGUAAAGAAGAAACAAAGUUACAAGAAAAUUCUGCUGCAACAGCUAAUGAAGAGAGCAAUGAAACGAAAGAGGAAACGACGAACGGGAAAAUAACAGAAAAGAAAAAGAGAGACGAUGAACAGAUUACAGAGAAGAAACGAAAAAAAGUCAGGAAGAAAGAUAAAUUCUGGUGCAAAAGAUAUCAGAAAAAAAUUGAAUCUGAAUCUGAAGAUAGCGAAUGCGACAGUAUAUGUUCAUACGAUAGUGAAAUUUGUCUCAAAGGAUUAGCAUUAACCGUAGAAGAUAAAAAGAAAAUUGAAGAAAACCGUCAACGUGUCCAAAGUUCAUCCAAGGGAUAAAUUAGAUUUUGUCUAACGACAAAAAAAAAAAGAGAAAAAAAGAAAAAUAAAUAAAAAAAAAGGGGAGGUGGGAAGAUCGAAAAUGCAGCAAUAAAAAUAUCGUCAUAAAAAUUGAGCUUGGAAAAAAAAAAGAAAAGAAAGAAACUUCAAGAUCGAAAUUAAAAAGAACUCGUAAGAUAAUUAUAAAUUCACAUUUCUAUUAUUAUUUUCAUUGGCUAAUUGUUUCUCCUUUCAUAUUUAUUAUGUAAUUAUUAUAUUAAUUUAGAAAUCACACAUGCAGGAUGGACAAUGCAAGUAGCAAUUAAUAAAUCGAUUAUAAACAAAUAUAUGUAAAAUAAAGUGAAUCAAGAAUCAAGACGAUUAAACAUUAGGCAAUAUAAAUGUUGAUAAAUGUUCAAACAUCUAAUUAUGAAAUAUUGAA